AUGUCUUCCAACGUCGGUCUCUCUACACCACGCGGCAGUGGUACUUCUGGUUAUGUCCAGCGCAACCUCUCGCAUCUCAGGGCGCGCGACGCCGCCGCUCCCUACUCGAAGGAUUACGAUCUUCUCAGACACCGCCAGCGUCAGCCCGACAAGGACAUUCUUGAACACGAUCGCAAGCGUGAGAUUGAAGUCAAGGUCUUUGAGCUGCGCGACAAGCUAGAAGAAGAAGAAGUCGACGAAGACGAAAUCGAGGAUCAAUGCACCGCUCUGCGCAAGAAGCUUCAGGCCGAGCAGGCAAGCAAAAACACAAGCACCAACGCAAGGAGCCUCAAGUCACACCAAGUCCACGAGCUAGCAAAGGCAAAGAUUGAAGAGAGCGAGAAGCUCAGACGCGCAUUCGGUAUCAGCAAAGACUACGAAGAAGGCAGUCACUGGAAAAAGCAAGAGGAGAAAGCGAAGCAGAUGCAGGACCGCCAAGCAGAAGAGUUGAGAAGGGCAAAGGAAGAAGACGACUAUUCGGACUGA